AUGGAGGAAAAGAAAAGUGCGAGUGGAAGCUCACCAGUGACCUCGGGGAAGUGCAGUCUCUCCACUAGACUGAAGCAGAGGAUACGAAAAUGCUGCCCCAAAAGGCUGCGUGAAUGUUUCACUCGGGUGAAGACGGCAAUACAGAACGCCGCAACAUGGAGGAGAAAGGGGCAAGACGCGGGACAAGCGGCCGCUGAAGUCUCAGCCCAUAAAAGGAAGGAGAGAAGCAGCACAGAGGGAGAGGAGAGAAUAGAGAGGAAACGGAGCAGAAUUGCUGCUAAGGAGGUGAAGGAGCCGAGCCAGAGUCUCAGGCCGGAGGAGAAACCCAAAGCCCAUGAAGACCUGGCUAAGAAAGAGCGAGAGAGGAGUUUGCUGAAUGUAGUGGAGGAACCCGCUGGUGGAGUCUUGGCUCCUAAAAGAAAGAAGGAGAGCAGCAGCAUAGACAGUGAGGACAGAAGAGAGAGGAAACGCGCUGCUAAGGAGGUGGAGGAGCCAAGCAAGAGCGUGAGGCCGCAGGAGGACCUGGAAGAAUACAGGAGGAAGAGAGGAAAGAGUCCCCUGAAGAAAUCGCUCAAAAAAAACGAGCCAGAGAAGGAGGUGCAGAGAGAGCGCCCCGAAAAACGUCCCCGGAGCAGCAGAGGCAGCUGUGACCAAGACGUCAAGCGACGGAUCAUCGAGGAGCAGAACAGAGCAGGAGGAAGCCGUCAGCUUGCGGUGAGGGGCUUGAAGAGACCGCCCACGCUGUCCGCGUUUAGCUUCGAGUUCCACGCGCUCUUGGGACAAGGCUCCUUUGGGAAGGUGAUGCUGGCGUCUCUCGCUGGCAGGGACUCACUGGUGGCAGUGAAGGUGAUCCGCAAGAAAGCCGUGAAGGCCGUGUCCAUCUUGAAAGAAAGAAGGACGCUGGAGGUGGCAAGAAACAGCCCGUUUCUAUGCCACGGAUACGCCGCCUUCCAGACGAAGAACUGCGCUUUCCUGGUCAUGGAGUACAUGGCUGGAGGAAGCCUGAAGACCUGUCUGGACAGGAUCGGCUGUAUGGAGGAGACCACGGCCACGUUUUAUGCAGCAGAAAUGGUGUGCGGCAUCCAGUAUCUUCACUCCCAGGGCAUUGUCCAUCGAGAUCUGAAGCUGGAAAACAUCUUGCUCGAUAAGGACGGCCACGUUAAAAUUGGCGACUUUGGUUUGGUCGGGGAAGGAAUAUUCGGAGACGCCUUCAUGACCUUGGCCUGCGGGACAUUCGCCUACAUGGCUCCAGAGAUGCAUUUAAUGGAUGCGAGCGGUUAUGGCGCCGCUGUAGACUGGUGGUCCUUUGGGGUGGUGCUAUUCAAGAUGCUCAACGGAUCCUCUCCUUUCGUUGAUCGCGGCGUCAGGUCGGCUGUGGUUUAUUCCAUCGUCAACGACAGCCCUUUUUACACCGUGGAGCUCAGCCGUGAAGCUGUGGACAUCCUGAAUAAUCUUUUAGCCAAGGAUCCUCUCCAACGCCUCGGGGUGACCGGUUCCAUCAGACAUCACCCGUUCUUCCAGCAAAUUAACUGGGAAGCGAUGGAGAGCAGGAGUCUGACUCCCCCGUUAAGACCACCUCAAAUUCCUGAAAGGAAACUGAAGCGGUUCCAGGAGAUCCCGUCCUUCCUGAACGACACCCAGGACAGCUUUGUUCCAAUCGACAGUCGGCGUCUCCCCGACUUCUCAUUCGAGAGCCCAAAGCUGCGGGACUAGAGGUCUUCAUGGAGUUGCUUCUACAGGAUGGCGA